CAUAUGCAUGGACACAACAAUUACUAUUUUGACGUUGACGGAUGUAUUUUGUUAUGUUAUCCAGCUGAAAUUACAGUUUAAAUAGAAUUCGUUGUUCUAAUAUUAUAAGAUAAAAACUAUAGAAAAGUUGGAAAUAACGCUGGAUAUCAACAAGCUAAAACAGGAAUGGAGAUAAAGAAGGCAUUAAACGUUAUUAUCGUCUUCUACUUUAUGAUGGCAUGUAGUUAUGCGGGAAGGAGAGUUGAUGUUACAAAAACAUGCAAUUCAGAGGCUGAUUGUGGAAGUGAUGAAUGCUGUGUACCGGACUCAAAUCAAGUCACGAAAAGAGGCAUGCCGAAGGCUCCACUGCCCAUUUUUAUAAAUUCGGGAAUAUGCCGCAAAAUUGGGACUUUAAAUGAUAGUUGUUUUGUGGACCAAAAGGAAAAAGCUGGCGUCAUCCGCGAAUGUCCAUGUGAAAAGGGAUUCUUCUGUGAAGGCGCUGGUCUAAAGUCCCCAUUUGGUGAAAUAGGUACAUGCAAGCCAAUUCAAAAGGUGUGUAGAAAUAAUGGAGAUUGUCUGAACACCCAAUGCUGCAGAUGUCCGCUCAUGCGCAAAGGCAAGAGGCAGAUUGAGCCGUGUGUAUGUCAGGACAAUGGGGUAAAUGGUGCACAAUGUAUCGUUGAGCACAAUAAUGUAGACUUAAUGACGUUUGAAAGAUUUUGUCCGUGUUCGAAUGGGUUUACUUGUCACGGGAAUGGAAUGAAAGAAGUUCCUCUGGGAGAGCAUGGUAAAUGCAAGCCAAUUCAAAAGGUGUGUAGAAAUAAUGGAGAUUGUUUGAACACCCAGUGCUGCAGAUGUCCGCUCAUGCGCAAAGGCAAGAGGCAGAUUGAGCCUUGUGUAUGUCAGGACCAUGGGGUAGAUGGCGACAAAUGUAUCGUUGAGCAUAAUGCUGCAGUCUUACUGACGUUUGAAAAAUUUUGUCCGUGUUCGAAUGGCUUUACUUGUCACGGGAAUGGAAUAAAAGAAAUUCCUUUAGGAGAACAUGGUGAAUGUAUGGCGGUUGAGGGAACACCUGUUGAAAAAGAAUGCGAGGAUUCUUAUGACUGUGGAGAAGGACAGUGCUGCAAAUGCCCACUUAUGCGCAAGGGCAAGAUGCAGAUCCAACAAAAGUGUGUGUGUGCAGACGUCGGCAAAAGACAUGGCACUUGUAUCGUUGAACAUAUGCAAACAACUCAUGAGACUUACGAAAUGUUCUGUCCAUGUGGACCAAGACUGUUGUGCUUGGGAAAUAACAAGCAUGAGAUACCAUUAGGGGAAUAUGGUAAAUGCAUGGCCGCGGGGGAUCUUGCCAGAGGGAGACCAAUUCUACCACCCGUGGAGACAAGAACCCCUUGUACCAGUCGGAAACAGUGCAAGAAGGACGAGUGUUGCUUAUCUAUUCAUCGACCUAUAGGCAAAAGAGGCCUUGAAGAACAGCCCCAGGCUUAUUGUGAGAAACGUGGAAUAUGUAACGAGGGUUGUCUGAUGAACAACGGAAACAGAAAACGACCUGAAAGUGGUAAGGUGUUUGUAGGGGAAUGCCCAUGUGCGAAAGGCUUGAAAUGUACGCCUAAUGGUAUGACGGACAUACCACUUGGACCAAUGGGAACAUGUGAACCAAAGAGAAGAAAAUUUAGAGAACGGAAGUGCAAAAAGUUGAGAGGAUAAUACAAAGGGACGUCCAUGAUUUAUCUAAACAUAAUACAAAGACAUAAACUGACAUAGACUGAUUUUGAAAUACAUGUAAAUGUAUUUUUAUAUGAAUAACUCCUAAAAUAUAAACUCCUUCAUCGUAAUUUAACUAGUCAGGUUUUAAUAAGCUUUCUCUUUUAAUUUAACUGAAUGAAAAUCAAUAAUUAAAACCUAGAACUAUUUUUAACUAAGCUUUGUUCUGAAGCAGCGGAAAGCAAAAUACUUAGUAAU